AUGGCAGAAGGGGGAGAGGGAGAGGAGGAGAUUCAGUUCCUGCGAACGGAUGACCAGGUGGUUCUGCAGUGCACCGCCUCCGUCCUGAAGGAGCAGAUCAAGCUGUGUCUGUCCUGCGAGGGCUUCGGGAACCGUCUCUGCUUCCUGGAAACCACAUCCAACGCCCAGAAUGUGCCCCCAGACCUGGCCAUAUGUGCCUUCAUCCUGGAGCAGUCUCUGUCGGUCCGUGCUCUGCAAGAGAUGCUGGCCAACACGGUGGAUUUGACUGAGGCAGUCGAUUUGGACAAAUGGUCAUCCCAAGGCGGAGGCCAUCGCACCCUCCUGUACGGCCACGCCAUCCUGCUGAGGCACAACCACUCGGGCAUGUACCUCAGCUGUUUGACCACGUCUCGGUCGCUCACAGACAAGCUGGCCUUUGACGUCGGGUUGCAAGAGGAUUCUACAGGUGAGGCAUGUUGGUGGACCAUCCAUCCAGCAUCCAAGCAGAGGUCAGAAGGUGAAAAGGUCAGGGUGGGAGAUGACCUCAUCCUGGUCAGCGUGUCAUCUGAGAGAUACCUGCACUUGUCGUACGCCAGUGGAGAUCUGAUGGUGGACGCCUCCUUCAUGCAGACUCUAUGGAACAUGAAUCCCGUUUGCUCUGGGUGUGAACUGGCUGAGGGGUAUCUGACAGGAGGUCACGUUCUCAGGUUGUUCCAUGGCCACAUGGACGAGUGUCUGGCCAUCGCUACUCCAGAAGAGGGCGAGGAAAAGCGCAGGAUGGCUCAUUAUGAAGGCGGUGCUGUGUGCAGUCAGGCCCGAUCACUGUGGAGGCUGGAGCCUCUGAGAAUCAGUUGGAGUGGUAGCCACAUGAAGUGGGGUCAGUCAUUCCGGGUUCGCCACAUCACCACAGGCCGGUACCUGUGUCUGGAUGAGGAGAGAGGCCUGUUGGUGGUCGACCCAGAGAAGGCCAACACCAAGCAGUCUGCCUUCUGCUUCCGUGUGUCAAAGGAGAAGGUGGAGGUGGCUCAAAAGCGUGACGUUGAGGGUAUGGGCAUACCAGAGAUAAAGUACGGAGAGUCCAUGUGCUUCGUCCAGCAUGUGUCUACAGGCCUGUGGCUCACCUAUGCUGCCCUGGAUGCCAAAGCUGCUCGCCUUGGCACGAUGAAGAGGAAGGCCAUUCUACACCAGGAGGGCCACAUGGACGAUGCCCUGACGGUGUCCCGCUCCCAGACUGAGGAGUCUCAGGCUGCCCGCAUGAUCUACAGCAGCACAGGCCUCUUCAGGCAGUUCAUCAAGGGUUUGGAUUCUCUGAGUGCGAAGAACAAAGCCCCUGGGACUUUGUCUUUGCCUCUGGAGGGGGUGAUCCUCUCUCUGCAGGACCUCAUUUUCUACUUCCGUCCUCCUGAGGAGGAACUGGAGCACGAGGAGAAGCAGACCAAGCUACGCUCCCUCCGCAACAGGCAGAACCUCUUUCAAGAGGAGGGCAUGAUCACCAUUGUUCUGGAGUGUAUUGACCGGCUGAACGUGUACAACACUGCCGCUCACUUCUCCGAGUUUGCUGGAGAGGAGGCUGCAGAGUCCUGGAAGGAGAUUGUCAACUUGCUUUAUGAGCUGCUGGCCUCUCUAAUCAGAGGGAACCGCUCUAAUUGUGCGUUAUUCUGUGACAACCUGGACUGGCUGGUCAGCAAGCUGGACCGUCUGGAGGCCUCCUCGGGUAUUCUGGAGGUGCUGUACUGUGUGCUAAUUGAAAGCCCUGAGGUUCUGAACAUCAUCCAGGAGAACCACAUCAAAUCCAUCAUCUCUCUUCUGGACAAACAUGGACGGAACCACAAGGUCUUGGACGUCUUGCGCUCUCUUUGUGUGUGUAACGGUGUGGCUGUUAGGUCCAAUCAGAACCUCAUCACUGAAAACCUGCUGCCAGGUCGAGACCUCCUGCUUCAGACCAACAUUGUAAACUACGUGACCAGUGUGAGGCCCAACAUCUUUCUGGGCACAUGUGAGGGGUCCACACAGUAUAAGAAGUGGUACUUUGAGGUGAUGGUAGACUAUGUGGAGCCCUUUGUGACGGCACAGGCCACUCACCUGCGUGUGGGCUGGGCUCUGACCGAGGGCUACAGCCCCUAUCCUGGAGGAGGAGAGGGCUGGGGAGGCAACGGCGUGGGAGACGACCUCUACUCCUAUGGCUUCGAUGGCCUGCAUCUGUGGUCAGGAACUGUCGCUCGCCAGGUGGCUUCACCGAGUCAGCACACCUUGGCUGCUGAUGAUGUUGUCAGCUGCUGUCUGGAUCUCAGUGUGCCCAGCAUCUCCUUCCGAAUCAACGGCCACCCAGUCCAGGGCAUGUUUGAAAACUUCAAUGUGGAUGGCCUCUUCUUCCCUGUCAUCAGCUUCUCCGCUGGAGUCAAGGCUCGCUUCCUUCUGGGUGGUCGUCAUGGAGAUUUCAAGUUCAUGCCCCCGCCUGGUUAUGCCCCAUGCUAUGAGGCUUUGCUGCCCAAAGACAGGAUGCGCAUUGAACCAAUCAAGGAGUACAAGCACGACUUUAACGGCGUCCGCAACUUGCUGGGUCCCACCCUGUCCCUGACCCACACGUCCUUCACGCCAUGCCCUGUGGACACCGUUCAGAUUGUAUUGCCACCCCACUUGGAGCGUAUCCGUGAGAAGCUGGCGGAGAAUAUCCAUGAGCUGUGGGCAGUCACUCGCAUCGAGCAGGGCUGGACCUAUGGGACUUUCAGGGAUGACAACAAGAAGCUCCAUCCCUGUUUGGUGGAUUUCCAGAGUCUCCCUGAGCCAGAGAGGAACUACAACCUGCAGAUGUCUGGAGAAACCCUCAAGACUCUCCUGGCUCUGGGUUGCCAUGUUGGCAUGGGUGACGAGAAAGCAGAGGAGAACCUCAAGAAGAUCAAGCUACCAAAGACCUAUGUGAUGACUAGUGGAUACAAGCCUGCCCCCCUGGACCUGAGCCAUGUCAAGCUGACACCCAACCAGAACCAGCUGGUAGAGAAGCUGGCAGAAAAUGGGCAUAACGUGUGGGCAAGGGACCGGGUCCGGCAAGGUUGGACCUACAGUAUUGUGCAGGACAUCUUGAAUAAGCGUAACCCUCGUCUGGUACCGUACAACCUGCUGGAUGAGAGAACCAAGAAGACCAACCGAGACAGUGUUAACAACGCUGUCCGCACCCUCAUUGGCUAUGGCUACAACAUUGAGCCACCAGAUCAGGAAAGCACUGGCCAUGGCCUUGAGAACACUCGUGGGGACAAGGUGCGAAUCUUCAGGGCAGAGAGGUCGUACGCCGUCACCCAGGGAAAGUGGUACUUUGAAUUUGAGGCAGUGACCACGGGUGAGAUGAGAGUGGGCUGGGCCCGUCCUAAUGUCCGCGCCGACACCGAGCUGGGAGCAGAUGAACUUGCCUACGUCUUCAACGGCAAUAAGGCCCAGCGUUGGCACAUUGGCAAUGAGCCGUUUGGUCGUCAGUGGCAGUCUGGUGAUGUGGUCGGCUGUAUGAUCGACCUGACUGAGAUGAACAUCAUGUUCACCCUUAAUGGAGAGAUGCUGAUCAGUGACUCAGGGUCCGAGAUGGCUUUCAAGGACAUUGAAGUCGGGGAUGGUUUCAUCCCAGUGUGCACUCUGGGCCUGUCUCAGGUAGGAAGGAUCAAUCUUGGUCAGAAUGUCAGCAGCCUGCGCUACUUCGCCAUCUGUGGCCUGCAGGAAGGCUUUGAACCCUUCGCCAUCAACAUGAAACGAGACAUCACCAUGUGGUUCAGUAAAAGCCUGCCCCAGUUUGUGCCUGUACCCACUGAUCACAACCACAUCGAGGUGUCCCGUGUGGAUGGGACGGUGGACAGUGCCCCAUGCCUGAAGCUGACCCACAAGACCUUCGGCUCCCAGAACGCCAACACUGAUAUGCUGUUCUUCAGACUCAGCAUGCCUGUGCAGUUCUACGAGACCUUCAAGGUCACGGCAGGCACCACCCCGCUCACCCGAGCCCUUACCAUCCCGGAGGAGGAGGUGGUAGUGGUGGAGCCUGACUCAGAGUUUGAAGUGCUGAAGAAGUCUGCCAGCCGUAAGGAGCAGGAGGAGGAGAAGAAGGAGCCAUCUGUUCCUAAAGAAGUCUCGGUAGAGAACGAGAAGGACACUAUGUCGGAGAAGGGCAAGAAGAAAGGAUUCUUCUCCAAGGCGAAGAAGGCCGCUAUGACGCCUCUUGCCCCUCCUCCCGCCCCUCCCACCGUGCCUCGUUUGGUGGAGGAUGUGGUCCCCGAUGACAGAGACGACCCUGAGAUCAUCCUCAGCACCACCACUUAUUACUAUUCUGUGAGGAUCUUUGCUGGGCAAGAGCCUUCUGGUGUUUGGAUUGGCUGGGUCACGCCUGACUACCACCAGUAUGAUCCGACCUUUGACCUGAGCAAAGUGCGCAAUGUCACCGUAACUGUAGGUGAUGACAAAGGCAACAUAUUCAACAGUAUGAAGCACAGUAACUGUUACAUGGUGUGGGGAGGAGAUCUGGUCAGCAACCAGCAGACCCGCUUCAGCCAGGAGGACAUGGUGGUUGGCUGCCUGGUUGACCUGGCAACGGGUCUUAUGACCUUUACAGCCAACGGGAAGGAGAUCAAUACGUUUUACCAGGUGGAGCCCAACACCAAGCUGUUCCCCGCCGUCUUCAUUCAGCCCUACAGUCAGAACAUGAUGCAGCUGGAGCUGGGAAAACUAAAGAACAUCAUGCCCAUCUCUGCAGCUAUGUUCCGCAGCGAGCGAAAAAACCCGCUGCCCCAGUGUCCUCCCAGGCUGGACGUCCAGAUGCUGACUCCAGUCAUCUGGAGUCGGAUGCCGAAUCACUUCCUCAACCCGGAGGUGGGAAGGGUGAGCGAGAGGUUGGGCUGGAUGGUGGAGUGCACAGAACCUCUCAUCAUGAUGGCCCUGCACAUUCCAGAGGAGAACAGGUGUAUCGACAUCCUGGAGCUGUCGGAGCGUCAGGAUCUGAUGAAGUUCCACUAUCACACCCUCAUGCUCUACUGCGCUGUUUGUGCACUGGGAAACAAUCGUGUGGCUCAUGCCCUGUGCAGCCACGUGGAUGAGUCCCAGCUCUUCUACUCCACUGAAAACACCUACCUGCCUGGACCGCUCCGCAGCGGCUACUACGAUCUGCUCAUCAGCAUUCACCUGGAGUCUGCCAAGCGGGCACGCCUGGGCACCAACAGGGAGUUCAUCGUGCCCAUGACUGAAGAGACUCUCAGCAUCAAACUGUAUCCCGAUGCGGAGAAGGCCCACUCUCUUCCUGGUGUGGGCCUCACCACCUGCUUACGGCCCAAACUGCAUUUCUCCUCGAUAAACUUUGUUGGCACAGACCCUGACCUGUACACCCUCAGUCCUAUCUUCCCUCUGCAGGAGCUGAAGACCAGGGCAAUCAGCAUGUUGACUGAGGCUGUGCUGGACGGCAGUCAGGCCAUGCGGGACCCAGUUGGAGGCAGUGUGGAGUUCCACUUCGUCCCCAUCCUGAAGCUCAUCAACACUCUGCUCAUUAUGGGCAUCUUCAAUGAUGAGGACACCAUGCACAUCCUCAAGAUGAUCGACCCAAACGUCUUUGGUGGAAAGAAGGAAGAGGAAGAGGAGGGAGAGAAAACAGGGGAAGAGGAAGCUGGCAAAGAGGAAAGUGAAGAGGUGAAGGAGAAAGAAGACAAGGCAAAGGAUGAGGAGACUGAGGCUGAACUUGAUGAUGAAGGAGUAGGUGAAGAGGAGGAGGAGGAGCUGAAAGAGCUGGAGAAAGCAGAAGGCGAGGAGGAGGAAGGUGCUGAACCUAAGGAAGAAGGAGAGGCAGAGGAGGAAGAGAGAGAGGAGGGUGAGGCCAAAGGAGAAAAGGUGGAUGGAGAAAAGGUGGAAGAGGAGAAGGAGGCAGAGGCUGUUGAGCAAGAACUGAAAGAGGAAGAGGAGGGUCUGGAAGAAGGAUUACUCCAGAUGAAGCUACCAGAGUCUGUCAAACUGCAGAUGUGCACCCUGCUGCAGUACUUCUGCGACUGUGAACUACGACACAGAGUGGAGGCCAUUGUGGCCUUUUCGGACCAGUUUGUCCACAACAUACAGAGCAACCAGCGCAUGCGCUACAACCUGCUGAUGAGAGCCUUCACCAUGAGCGCUGCUGAGACGGCACGCAGGACUCGCGAGUUCCGCUCACCACCGCAAGACCAGGUUAUUUUGCUGACCAACUUCAAGCACUGGCCGGAGGAGGAGGACUGCCCGGUGCCCGAGGAAAUUCGUGAUGCUCUGCAAGAGUUCCACAAAGACCUUCUACUUCACUGUGGAAUUCAUAUUGAAGAGGAGGCAGAGGAAGAGGAGGUGGACACCUCGCUCAGCGGCAGGCUCCUCAGUCUGCUGGAGAAAGUCAAGAACCUCCGCAGGACGAGCAAGAAGGAGGAACCAGAGUCCGAGGAGGAAGUGAAACCCAGUACCCUUCAGGAGCUCAUCUCCCACACCAUGAUCCACUGGGCCCAGGAGUCGUUCAUCCAGAACCCUGAGUUGGUGCGUCUGAUGUUCAGCUUGCUGCACAGACAGUACGACGGGCUUGGGGAGCUGAUCCGAGCCCUGCCCAAGGCCUACGCUAUCAACGCCGUGUCGGUCCAGGACACCAUGGACCUGCUUGAGUGCCUGGGACAGAUCCGCUCCCUGCUCAUCGUCCAGAUGGGCCCAGAGGAAGAGCGGCUUAUGAUCCAGAGCAUCGGGAACAUCAUGAACAACAAGGUGUUCUACCAACAUCCCAAUCUGAUGAGAGCCCUUGGCAUGCAUGAGACUGUCAUGGAGGUGAUGGUCAAUGUGUUGGGCGGAGGAGGAGACUCAAAGGAGAUUCGUUUCCCCCAAAUGGUGACCAACUGCUGCCGUUUCCUGUGUUACUUCUGCCGUAUCAGCCGUCAGAACCAGCGCUCCAUGUUUGACCAUCUGAGCUACCUGCUGCAGAACAGUGGCAUUGGCUUGGGCAUGCGCGGUUCAACCCCUCUGGAUGUUGCUGCUGCCUCCUGCAUCGACAACAAUGAGCUGGCCUUGGCUCUGCAAGAGCAAGACCUGGAGAUGGUGGUAACAUACCUGGCAGGCUGUGGACUGCAGAUGUGCCCCAUGCUUCUGUCUAAGGGCUACCCAGACAUUGGCUGGAACCCCUGUGGAGGAGAGAGAUACUUGGAUUUCCUCCGCUUUGCUGUCUUCGUCAAUGGAGAGAGUGUGGAAGAGAAUGCCAAUGUCGUGGUCCGUCUGCUAAUCCGUCGUCCUGAGUGUUUUGGUCCGGCCUUGAGAGGAGAGGGAGGCAACGGCCUUCUGGCUGCCAUCGAGGAGGCGAUCAAGAUCUCAGAGGAUCCCGCCAGAGAUGGACCCACUGUCAAAAAAGACAGACGGUUCAUGUUUGGCGGUGAGGAACAGCAGGAGGAGAACCGUGUCCAUCUGGGAAAUGCCAUCAUGUCCUUCUACUCAGCCCUCAUUGAUCUGCUGGGCCGCUGCGCCCCUGAGAUGCAUCUGAUUCAAGCAGGAAAAGGUGAAGCCCUAAGGAUCAGGGCCAUCCUGAGGUCUCUGGUGCCCAUCGAGGACCUGGUGGGAGUCAUCAGCCUGCCUGUGCAGAUCCCUGCUUAUGGCAAAGAUGGUCACAUUGUUGAGCCCAAGAUGUCUGCCAGUUUUGUGCCAGACCACAAGGCCUCCAUGGUGCUGUUCCUUGACAGAGUGUAUGGCAUUGAUAACCAGGACUUCUUGCUCCACGUGCUGGAGGUUGGCUUCCUGCCUGACAUGAGGGCUUCAGCCUCCCUGGACACGGUGGCAUUCAGUACCACUGAAAUGGCCUUGGCGCUGAACCGCUACUUGUGUUCUGCUGUCCUGCCUCUGCUCACUAAAUGUGCCCCAUUGUUUGCUGGCACGGACCACCGCGCCAUCAUGAUCGACUCCAUGCUUCACACCAUCUACCGUCUGUCCCGAGGCCGCGCCCUCACCAAGGCUCAGAGGGACGUCAUCGAGGAGUGCCUCAUGUCCCUCUGCAAAUACCUUCGUCCCUCCAUGUUGCAGCAUCUACUUAGGAGGCUAGUGUUUGAUGUGCCCAUCCUCAAUGAAUAUGCCAAGAUGCCUCUUAAGUUAUUGACCAAUCACUACGAGCGCUGCUGGAAGUACUACUGCUUGCCUAAUGGCUGGGCAAACUUUGGGGUGACCUCAGAGGAGGAGCUGCAUCUUUCACGUAAACUCUUCUGGGGAAUCUUUGAAUCUCUGGCACACAAGAAAUUUGAUGCAGAGCUCUUCAAGAUCGCCAUGCCCUGCAUCUGUGCUAUAGCAGGAGCCAUCCCUCCUGACUAUGUGGAUGCCAGCUAUUCUUCCCACACUGAGAAGAAGGCCUCUGUAGAUGCUGAGGGCAACUUUGAUCCCAAACCAGUGGAGACCACAAACACUAUCAUCCCAGAGAGAUUGGAUCCCUUCAUCAACAAGUAUGCAGAGCAUACUCAUGACAAAUGGGCCUUUGAAAAGAUUCAGAACAACUGGACCUAUGGAGAGGUGUUAGAUGAGAACGCCAAGACCCACCCAAUGCUUCGGCCGUACAAAACCUUCUCUGAAAAGGACAAGGAGAUCUAUCGAUGGCCCAUCAAAGAAUCUAUUAAAGCCAUGCUGGCAUGGGAGUGGACUCUGGAGAAAGCCAGGGACGGGGAGGCAGAAGUAGAGAAGAAGGCCACCACACGCAAGAUCUCACAAACUGCUCAGGCCACUUAUGACCCCAGCCACGGCUACAGCCCUCAGCCGGUGGACAUCUCAGGAAUGGCCCUCUCCAGAGAAUUGCAGUCAAUGGCGGAGCAGCUGGCUGAGAACUACCACAACACCUGGGGCCGGAAGAAGAAGAUGGAGCUCCAAGCUAAAGGUGGUGGUACCCACCCGUUGCUCGUGCCCUAUGACACCCUGACGGCCAAGGAGAAGGCCAGGGACAGAGAGAAGGCCCAGGACCUGCUUAAGUUCCUUCAGCUCAAUGGAUAUGCCGUGACAAGGGGUCUAAAGGACAUGGAGCAGGACAUUUCCUCCAUCGAGAAGCGUUUUGCCUAUGGCUUCCUCCAGAAGCUUCUCAAAUGGAUGGACAUUGCGCAGGAAUUUAUCGCCCAUCUGGAGGCUGUGGUCAGCAGUGGCAGAGUGGAGAAAUCACCGCAUGAACAGGAGAUCAAAUUCUUUGCCAAGAUUCUCUUGCCACUGAUAAAUCAGUACUUCAAGAACCAUUGCCUCUAUUUCCUCUCUACUCCUGCUAAAGUCUUGGGUAGUGGAGGGCACUCCUCCAACAAGGAGAAGGAGAUGAUUGCAAGUAUCUUCUGUAAGUUGGCUGCUUUGGUGAGACACAGAGUAUCUCUUUUUGGAACGGAUGCAGGUGCAGUGGUCAACUGUCUGCACAUCCUGUCGCGAUCACUGGAUGCAAGGACUGUGAUGAAAUCAGGCCCUGAGAUUGUGAAGGCCGGCCUGCGCCAGUUCUUUGAGAGCGCUGCAGACGACAUUGAGAAGAUGGUUGAGAAUCUGAAACUGGGCAAAGUGUCCAGUCGCAACCAGGUGAAAGGUGUGUCACAGAACAUCAACUACACCACCGUUGCCCUGCUGCCGGUCCUCACCUCGCUGUUUGACCACAUCGCCCAGCACCAGUUUGGAGAUGACGUCAUUUUGGAUGACCUGCAGAUUUCCUGCUACCGUAUAAUGUGCAGUAUCUACUCUUUGGGCACUGUCAAGACCCCACAUGCGGAGAAACAGCGACCAGCUCUGGGCGAGUGUUUAGCCCAUUUAGCUGCUGCGAUGCCGGUGGCGUUCCUCGAGCCAACACUCAACGAGUUCAAUACAUUUUCUGUUUACACCACCAAGACGCCCAGAGAGAGAUCUAUUCUGGGCCUUCCUAACCAAGUAGAGGAGCUGUGCCCUGACAUCCCAGAACUGGAAAUCCUAAUGAAGGAGAUCAGUGACUUGGCUGAAUCUGGGGCUCGCUACACUGAGAUGCCCCAUGUGAUUGAGAUCACAUUGCCCAUGCUCUGUAACUACCUUCCCCGCUGGUGGGAGAGAGGCCUGGAGAACUUCCCUGAGCAGGAGGGCCAGAUCUGCACGUCCGUCACAUCCGAGCAGCUCAACCAGCUGCUGGGUAGCAUCAUGAAGAUCGUGGUCAACAACCUGGGUAUAGAUGAGGCCUCCUGGAUGAAGAGAUUGGCAGUGUUUGCCCAGCCCAUUGUGAGCAGGGCGAAGCCAGAGAUGCUGAAAUCCCACUUCAUACCUACCAUGGAGAAGCUGAAGAAACGCUCAGGGAAGGUGGUGGCUGAAGAGGAGCAGCUGCGCAUGGAAGGCAAGACGGAGGUGGACAGUGAAGACGGGACCAUCAGAGAUGAAUUUGCGGUGCUGUGUCGUGACCUGUACGCCCUUUACCCGCUGCUCAUCCGCUAUGUGGACAACAACAGGGCGAGGUGGUUGACGUGUCCUGACCCGGAUGCAGAAGAACUCUUUAGGAUGGUUGGAGAGGUCUUCAUUUUUUGGUCCAAAUCUCAUAACUUCAAGAGAGAAGAGCAGAACUUUGUGGUGAUGAACGAGAUCAACAACAUGUCCUUCCUCACCGCUGACAGCAAGAGCAAGAUGAGCAAGGCCGGAGAUGGAGAGUCUGGAGGUUCGGAGCAGGAGCGUACCAAGAAGAAGCGGCGGGGGGAUCGCUACUCUGUGCAGACCUCCCUCAUCGUGGCGGCGCUGAAGAAGAUGCUCCCCAUCGGCCUCAACAUGUGCUCCCCUGCAGACCAGGAGCUCAUCAAUCUUGCCAAGAUCAGAUACUCACUGAAAGACACAGAUGAGGAGGUGAGGGAGUUCUUGCAGAACAAUCUGCAUCUGCAGGGCAAGGUGGAGGACCCUGCGAUGCGCUGGCAGAUGUCUCUAUACAAGGAGAUGUCUGGCAAAGCUGAGGACGCUGAGGACCCUGAAAAGGUGGUGAAAAGGGUGCAAGAAGUGUCUGCUGUCCUUUACCACAUUGAGGUGACGGAGCACCCCUUUAAGUCGAAAAAGAUGGUGUGGCACAAACUGCUGUCCAAGCAGCGUCGCAGGGCGGUGGUGGCCUGUUUCAGGAUGACCCCACUCUACAACAUCCCCAGUCACAGGGCGUCCAACAUGUUCCUGGAUGGAUACAAGCGCAACUGGUUAGAGACUGAAGGUUACUCAUUUGAGGACAAGAUGAUUGAUGAUUUAUCGAAAGCCAUGGAGGAAGAGGAAGAAGAGGAAGAGGAGACGGAAGCAAAGCCCGACCCCCUUCAUCAGCUGAUUCUGCAUUUCAGUCGCACAGCUCUCACAGAAAAGACUAAACUCGAUGUCGACCACCUCUAUAUGUCUUAUGCUGAUAUCAUGGCAAAGAGCUGCCACAUUGGUGAGGAGGACGAAGGGGGAGAGGAGGAGGGGGAGGAGCUGUCCUUUGAGGUGCGACAGACAGAGAUGGAAAAGGAGAUGGAGAAGCAGAGGCUCCUGUACCAGCAGUCCCGUCUGCACACCCGCGGGGCUGCAGAGAUGGUGCUGCAGAUGAUUAGCGCUUGUAAAGGUGAACCUGGAGCCAUGGUUUCCUCCACACUCAAACUGGGAAUCUCCAUCCUCAAUGGAGGCAACAGUGAUGUGCAGCAGAGAAUGCUGGACUAUCUGAAGGAUAAAAAGGAUGUGGGAUUCUUUCUUAGCGUUCAGGCUCUGAUGCAGACCUGCAGUGUUUUGGACCUGAAUGCUUUUGAGAGACAGAACAAGGCCGAGGGGCUUGGGAUGGUUUCAGAGGAGGGCACAAAUAUGAAGCUAGAACGUGAUGAGAAAGUGAUGGCAGACGAUGAAUUUACUUGCGACCUCUUCCGCUUCCUGCAGCUCCUCUGUGAAGGCCACAAUAACGAUUUCCAGAACUACCUGAGAACUCAGACAGGCAGCACCACGACCAUCAACAUCAUCAUCUGCACUGUAGAUUACCUGCUUCGACUACAGGAGUCCAUCAGUGACUUCUACUGGUACUACUCAGGGAAAGACAUCAUCGAUGAGCCUGGCAAGAGGAAUUUCUCCAAAGCCAUGACUGUGGCCAAACAGGUCUUCAACAGCUUGACUGAGUACAUUCAGGGUCCCUGUACUGGUAACCAGCAGUCCCUGGCCCAUAGCAGGCUGUGGGAUGCUGUCGUGGGUUUCCUCCAUGUUUUUGCUCACAUGAUGAUGAAGCUGGCUCAGAUGCACCCUGAUUCCGGACAACGAAAUGGCGAUCAUUUCUGGAGUAGAACACACUCUGAGGACUCCAGUCAAAUUGGGCUGUUGAAGGAGCUGUUGGAUCUGCAGAAAGACAUGGUGGUGAUGCUGCUGUCUCUGCUUGAAGGCAAUGUUGUGAAUGGCACCAUUGCCAGACAAAUGGUGGACAUGCUGGUGGAGUCCUCCAGCAACGUAGAGAUGAUCCUCAAGUUCUUCGACAUGUUCCUGAAACUCAAGGACAUUGUGGCAUCUGAUGCCUUCCGAGACUAUGUGACUGAUCCCCGUGGUCUAAUCUCCAAGAAGGACUUUUCCAAGGCCAUGGACAGCCAGAAGCAGUACUCUCCCUCAGAAAUCCAAUUCCUGCUGUCCUGCUCAGAGGCUGAUGAAAACGAGAUGAUCAACUUUGAGGAGUUUGCUGACCGUUUCCAGGAGCCCGCCAAGGACAUUGGUUUCAACAUUGCUGUUCUGCUGACCAACUUGUCAGAGCACGUUCCCCAUGACACCCGUCUGCAGAACUUCCUUGAGCAGGCCGAGAGUGUGCUCAAUUACUUCCGUCCAUUCCUGGGCCGAAUUGAGAUCAUGGGCGCAAGCAGGAAGAUUGAACGUAUUUACUUUGAGAUCAGUGAGGCAAACCGCAACCAGUGGGAGAUGCCACAAGUCAGAGAGUCCAAACGGCAGUUCAUCUUCGAUGUGGUCAAUGAGGGUGGAGAGAGCGAGAAGAUGGAACUCUUUGUCAAUUUCUGCGAGGACACCAUCUUUGAGAUGAACAUUGCUGCGUCAAUAUCUGAACCAGAGGGUGAGGGUGGAGAAGAGGAAGAUGAUGAUGAGGAAGACGAAGGUGGAGGAGAUGAAAGAGACAAUGGAGAAGAUGAAACUCUAGAAGCUCCAGAGUCUACCUCAGCCUUUGCUGACUUCCUGAAGAGUGUGGUCAACUUCUUCAACAUGUUUACCUUUCGUAACCUCCGACGUCGUUACCGCAAAUUAAGGAAGAUGACGGUGAAGGAGAUGGUGGUUGGACUGGCGACCUUCAUCUAUACUGUCCUGAUGGGUAUCUUGCUCUUCGUCUAUAGUAUAUGUAAGGGUUUCUUCACACUCAUUUGGAAGGCGCUGUUCGGUGGAGGCUUAGUGGAGGGAGCCAAGAAGAUGACCGUGACUGAGAUCCUUGCCAGUAUGCCAGAUCCAACACAGGACGAGGUUCAUGGUGACCUUCCUCCAGAGCCAGGGGCCAGCCAGGUAGGUCAAGACGCAGAUGGAGCAGCAGACCACAUGGAUGCAGGAGGAGGAGAAGAGCAGGAAGAGGAUGGUGAAGAGAGGGAAGGUGGACGGCUGCCUGGUUUUGAUACUCCUGGGGGGCUUGGCGACUUUGGUGAGACAACUCCUGAAGAGCCUCCAACUCCAGAGGGCACACCGCUACUGAAGAGGAAAUUGCUGGCGGCAGCAGUAGGAGAACCGGGAGAGGAAGGAGAGCCUGAACCUGAACCUGAAGAGUCACAUCAAGAGACUGAGAAAGCAGACACAGAGAAUGGAGAAAAGGCAGAGAAGGCAGAGCCUGAACCCGAGGUAAAGGAGGAAGAGCCUGAGCUGACAGAGGAGAAGAAAGUUAAGACCAAGUCUAAGCCGGAGAAGAAACCCGCUCAGGAGGGCUUCGAGCUGUGGAAUGAGUUGGAGAUUCAGAGGAAUAAAUUCAUGAACUACCUGUCUCGUAACUUCUACAACCUGCGUUUCCUGGCGCUGUUCGUUGCCUUUGCUCUCAAUUUCAUCCUGCUCUUCUACAAGGUGUCUGAUAGUCCCCCAGGUGAGGAGGAGUUUGAAGGCUCUGGUUUGUUUGAGGGCUCUGGCCUGUUUGAAGGUUCUGGUGUUGAGGAGGAGGGCUCUGGAAUGGAAGAUGGAGGAGAUGACGAUGACGAUGAAGGUCCUGUAUACUACUUCUUGGAGGAGAGCACUGGCUACAUGGAGCCGGCCAUGGCCUUCCUUGGUAUCUUCCACACAGUCAUCGCCUUCCUCUGCAUCAUCGGCUACAACUGCCUCAAGGUCCCUCUGGUCAUCUUCAAAAGAGAGAAGGAGCUCGCCAGGAAACUGGAGUUCGAUGGUCUGUACGUCACCGAGCAGCCUGAGGAUGAUGACAUCAAGGGCCAAUGGGACAGACUGGUGCUCAACACACCCACGUUCCCCAACAACUACUGGGACAAAUUUGUUAAGAGAAAGGUAUUGGACAAAUAUGGCGACAUCUAUGGCAGAGAGAGGAUCGCAGAGUUGCUCGGUAUGGACUUGGCUUCUCUAGAUGUCAGUGCCAUGACCCAUGAAAAGAAACCUGAGCCUGACAGCUCCAUGUUCAGCUGGGUUACAUCCAUUGACAUCAAGUACCAGAUUUGGAAGUUUGGCGUUGUGUUCACUGACAAUACCUUCCUCUACCUGGUGUGGUACCUGUUAAUGUCUCUGCUUGGACACUACAACAACUUCUUCUUUGCUGCUCAUCUUUUGGACAUUGCCAUGGGUGUCAAAACCCUGCGAACCAUUCUGUCCUCUGUCACCCACAAUGGCAAACAGUUGAUGAUGACGGUGGGUUUGCUGGCUGUGGUGGUGUACCUCUACACCGUGGUGGCCUUCAACUUCUUCCGCAAAUUCUACAACAAGAGUGAGGACGAAGACGAGCCGGACAUGAAGUGUGACGACAUGAUGACUUGUUACCUCUUCCACAUGUACGUGGGCGUGCGAGCCGGCGGUGGCAUAGGAGAUGAGAUUGAAGACCCGGCCGGCGACGAGUAUGAGCUUUACCGAGUCGUCUUUGACAUUACCUUCUUCUUCUUUGUCAUUGUCAUCCUGCUGGCUAUCAUCCAGGGUCUGAUCAUUGAUGCCUUUGGUGAGCUGAGAGACCAGCAGGAGCAGGUCAGAGAGGACAUGGAGACAAAGUGCUUCAUCUGUGGAAUAGGAAGUGAUUACUUCGACACGACGCCGCACGGCUUCGAGACACACACCUUAGAAGAGCAUAACUUAGCCAACUACAUGUUCUUCUUGAUGUAUCUCAUAAAUAAAGAUGAAACAGAGCACACAGGACAGGAGUCAUAUGUGUGGAAGAUGUACCAGGAGCGAUGCUGGGACUUCUUCCCUGCUGGAGACUGCUUCAGGAAGCAGUAUGAGGAUCAGCUCGGAUAACAAGCCACUUUGUGACUGUGUUUCUUAAGGAGACAGAGAGAGGAUAAAGGAUGGGAGGGGAAAUUAUUUUAAGACAAAGAAAAAGUUAGAAAAUCAGAGGUAGAAUAUGUCUACAUUGUGACAAUGUCUAAGGGACUCGUGGUCCGCACAUUUCUCUCUCCCGUUGAACCUAUGCACACUUUAACUGCACUAUUGUAACUCCUGCAGCAGAAUAUUGAUGAAACUGCUUUGAGCGAGACCUUACGUGGAAAAAUAAUAUAAGAAACAGAGAGACAUACAAGACAUAGGAGGCUUUGGGCCUUUUUAACCUGCUGUAAAUACACUACAUGGCCUUUUUUUGGUGUAAAUUAUACAUUGCCUUGCAUAUCAAAUUGCGCCUACACACACACACGCCUCUUUGACUCGCUAUUGCUGUACACAUUAGAGUGCCUAUAGCAACUUUCAUGCUUGGAUUCAGGUAGUUUUGGUUUUGUCAUGAUCACUUUUAUUUGAAAUUACAGAGUGAGUGUAUUUUAUUUCUACUGUUAGCGAAGAUGGUGAGUUUCUAUGUGACUCCUGCCUUUUGUCAUUUCAGUCUCAGACUGCUGCUGUUCUACUUGUAGUUAACUCUGUAGGGAGCACUUGAAAGAAAUCGAUUGAGAUUUGGGAUGAGAGCAAUUCAGUCUAUUGCCUCUAAAAUCCCUGAGGGAGCGGACACACACACACACUAGGCCUCCUCUCACUUAUUUUCUCCCUUUUGCAAGAUUUGCAAAUUUACCUUCAAACAAGCAAUCAUUUAUGGAAACUUGUACAGCAGAAAUGUCAGUGUCAUCAACAGAGCACCUGUAUUUACAUACAGUGGUAUGAAUCGGCUGUACAGACAACCCAGUUUGCACUCUGAAGUCUUAUUAAGCGUCCCAGGAUGUAUGUGCUCCCCUAUCUCAACUGGUGUCUCCAUGCCAUAGAAGAUAGUGAUGAUGUACACACACACAUAGGAGGAUGCCAAGGUUAUUUAUUUAUUGUUUGUAUACAGAUCUAAUCCUCUGAACAUGACUGUUUGAGCCCUGCUGCACUGCAGUGGACGACAGUCUCUUUUACAAUACUUUAUGCACAAAUAGGUUUUCGUCAGUGCAUUGAAAUAAGUAAUGAAUGUAUUUAAUGUAUACAUUUUGGCCAAAGUGUCACUUGUAUAACUGAAUAAUGACUAGGCUGCUUAUAGGCCUUUUGAUGAAAAAAAAAAAAAAACAUAUUUUACAUAAAUCAUAGAUACAUAUAUAUUUUUUUCUUUAGGGCUUUGAAGAAUUUAAACAAUCCAUGCUUCUUUGUUGGAAAUGAACAAUUACGUGUCCUGUUUGCAAAAUCCAAUAAGGUCACAGGAAUCGACCUGACUCUGAAGUACAUUCAUGGCCGGAUUGAAGUCAGAAGAGCAGAUUUAGCUUUUUUGUGUUUUUGCUAGUUAGGUUUUUAUGAUAGCUAUUUUUAGGAAAUCUGCAUAUCAAUUAUUUUUCUCAAUCAGGAAAGUGAUGCGUGAUUUGUUGAUCUCAGACAGUUAUAUCUCACUUUGACAUUUUUAAGGUGAUCCUUUGUACACAUGCAAACUCGCACUCUCUCUCUCUCUCCAUCUUGAGUUUAAUGCUACUGUUAUUACUCACUAUGUCAGAGUUAGAGUGUAUGGCAGUAUCUGUUUGUUGAAGAGCCUGAUGUGUGCAUUUACUGCCGCGUUCCCAUCAGUAACUCAACCAGUGAACAGUAUGGAGGGGAAUGGAGAUCACUACUUUACACCUGACUGAGAGUCCUCUGACUA